ACAAGUGCAGACACAAAUCUCGCAACGAUGCGCCUCACCAUUUUAUGCUGUUUUCUGCUGUUCAGCUGUGCCCUGUCGAAGACUGUGACGAAGGCACUGACGGAGUCUCUGGGGCAAGAGGUUAUAGAGAUAGGUGCUCCAGUUAAAGAAAUACAACCGGAAUUGGAAGAGGAACCGUCUAUGGAAAAGGAUGACGAUGACACUACAAAAGCAGCACCGGCCACAAAGAAGAAGAUGGAUGGAAGACGCAAAAUGAAAGACGUUGACAGAAUCGACGGAGUGGAACAGGAGGACGAUGAACAACGUGUCGAAAAAGAGUUAGCGGACAUCUAUAAAGAUAACGAUUAUAAAGCGGACAGCAACGAGCUGAAAGCUAGUGGCGAAGGCGAUUCCGUUUUAAGGCAGGGGAAGAAAACCGAGUACAAGUUUCAACCAGAUUUGAAUAAUCCGAAAGAGGUGGAGGCAUUUCGGACGUCAUUGGAUGGUCUAGCGUGCGAUAAGAAGGCUAAACUCGCUCAUGAUGCCAGAACAACUACCCCUAGCACUCAAAAGGCGGCCAGUACUUACGUCAGUAUGGCACUCUUCACUAUGUGCACUCUCGGCAUUUUCUACUCAUAAAUAGUAAAAACUUUAUUUUUUUUACAUUUUGCCUUAUUUUACUUGUGUGGUUAAAUUAUGAAGUAUGGAAUACAUUAUGGUAUUUAACACCAA